CCACCUCCCCCCGUGCCACAUCUCUGUGGUUUUAUUUCCUCGUAUCCAGGCUACAGUGUGAGGUGUGAGUACACGGCUCACAAGGAGGGUGUGCUGAAGGAGGAGAUGCUCCUGGCCAGUGAGACUGGAGAUGGCUCCUGCCUUAAGGUGGUGGUGCAAGCACGUGUCAUGGACCGACACCACGGCACCCCAAUGCUGCUGGAUGGGGUGCGCUGCGUGGGGGCUGAGCUGGAGUACGACUCGGAGCAGAGCGACUGGCACGGCUUUGAUUAACGCCAUCCUGCACCUUCCUGCGGACGGACCCCCCUCCCCGAGCAUCGGUGGGACCCCCGCUGCUCUGCGCCACGGCUGCCGUGGGGCUGUGGCUGCUCCCCCCGAGCCCCCCAUGCGUGCCUAUCCCCAGCCCCACGGCUGCUCUUCCCAGAGCCCUGAGCACCAUGUGUGGGGCUGGGGGGGUGAGGGGGCUCUCCUUGCUGCUGUACUGCUGCUUCCCUCCUGCUGGUCCCCCCCUGGGUCCAACUUCCCCUCCUGGGGGCUGGAGCUGAGCUGUGACCUCA